AUGCGCCGUCGCUCGCGGACGCACCUUCCCAGCCUUCGCCGCCCCGCGACAAGCCACCAGAGAUCCGCUACUCUGCACCAGAUUCACCAAGACGUUCACGUUGUUGAGCCCAUAGCCGAACCCAAAUUCUCCUUCGAUCAGUACAACUUUCCCGACCCAGAAGCCACCCCACGACCACCCAAGGAAGGCAACAAAGACGAGACGUCGCCCAAGGCCAAAACAAAAGCGUCAGCCAAGUGGACGUCCUUUUUUCACUCUCGCAGGGCCAAUGUUAUCUCGCGAAGCACUCCCGACCGCUUAAUUGACCGCAGCCCUAGCACCAGAUCGUCAACGACGACCAAACGCAUCUUGGUACCCGGCGAAGACGCGCAUAAUAUUUAUUUAAUCCGUGGUGCUAUGCUAGGCGACGCUGCUGUCCCGCCAUUGUCUAACGAGACGCCGACAAGUGACGAAGUGACGAAGGAAAUCGAAGAUUUGAAAGACGAAGCCAUUACUCAGAAGGAGACCGAGAAGGAGAACGAAAACGAAAACGAUCAAGAUACACCUUCGACUCCAGGAGACACGCCGACGAAGCGCACGCGGCGGUCCAUGAUGCAUUUCACCUCACCGAACUGGGUGCAGCGGGCGGGUAGCAUUCGGCGUUCAAAGCGCGGGGAAUCAAAAGGUGGGAACAAGCGGCAUGUGUCUGCACCUGCGACGACAACCCCUGGUCACACCCAAGACGACCUCGACCUCGCCGCGCCUACUGCAGACAACACCUCCCCGGCGCAAAACAAUCAGCCAGCCACCAACCUGGACCCCGCAACCGCCACUCACCUCCAGCCGCGCAGUCGCAACACUUCGUCGCCCUUGCCGCCUCUUUCGCGUCUUUCGAGUUUCAACGUCGACGUGUCCCGACUUGGCUCAUCGGGAGGACCCGUGCCUUCGCCGCGUUCUACUCAGCCGUCCGGUAGUUCUCAGAGCUCCGCGGCUCUCGCUGCUUACUAUCGCAGCGCCGGAACCGACCGAAGCUCGACCAUGAACAGUUCCGAUCUGGAGGCGAGAGACUUCAUUUCAGGCGACGAUGACGACACAGAUUUCAAGAGUGACACAAUGUUUGACUCUCUGCGCACCGCAGCGUCUGCCAUCAACCGCUUGGAGACUCCGACAGAAUCCAUGUUCGACGAAUCUCCACCAGGAACUGCCGUCGCCACUAAAACCAAGCGAUUAUCUAUUCAGGAAAUUCUAGGCCAUUCCUGGGAUGUUGAUGACAGGAUCAUGGAGGAGGAUGAGAGCAUCCCGACGCCAAUUCGUGUCAAUCACGAACCUAGAAUACGCCCGGAUUCAGAUGUCAUGGUGCCGCGCUACAGCAUCGAGCGCCCAUCCAACGAAUACUCCCUCGGGAGCAAGGAUUUUGGUCGUCUGUCGCUUGAGGAUGAUUUCGAUGAUGACUGGGCUCGCGACGAGGAUGAGAUGGCAUACAGCAAUCAACUAUCCCCUCCAAGCUCCAUGAAUUCGCGCGGCGUCAGCCCUAAUUUGCGCAUGGCUCUCGCUAGCAUUAGCGGCAACGGCAAUGUCGACACCGGAAAUGACCUUAGCGAGAGGCCCCGGAGCAACAUCUUCGACUGGAGUGAACCAAACAACGACAAGACCGACAAUGGCAGCUCAUUCCGCCCGAAAACUGCCUACGGCAAAGGCCUCGAUAUUAGAGGCGGCCGUACGGCCAUCCGGAAAGGACCCACUGCGAUGCAUGUUCGCAGUCAAAGUGUACCCGUUGUUCACGACGCUGCCGAGACAGCCUCGAUAGCAUCUCAAAAGUUCGGAACCUGGGGCCUGGGCACGAAGACCGUCAGCGAAGACUGGGACGAUGACUUUGAAUUUGGCGGCAACGAGUCAGAGGAUAAAGACACCGACAGCGCAUUCGGUAUGGUGGUGCCUGCCUCUAUCCAGGCGUCUCAACCGAGUUUGAAGCAGCAUUCCGGCCACAUCCGGGAGUUCUCUCUGCUUGUUAAUGAUCUUAAGCGUCUAUGUCGCCAUGGUAAAGACUUGGACAUGCUCGGCGGUCCCAACGCUGGUCUCUGGCAAGAAGCUGAGGGUAUCAUCGCCCUGGCAUCUCCCGAUGAGGAUGAGCUGGAGGGGAUGGAUGUCGACUCAUCGUCCGUUAUGAGUGAGCGAUUCAUGGAAGGAUUCGAUGCCGCAUCACCCGCUCCUAUCGAAAAAGAAGACCCAUUUGACGAAGUUCACGAGAUCAACGUUUCCAAGACUGCCGUUAUUCGCGAACGGCCCGCCGGCCGUCGCCGCUCUGUUUUCUCUCCUGAUGACGACAUAUUUGGCGGGAACAGCCCGGCUCCCGAUGACCUCCCUCCCCCGCGACCGAAAACGCCCGAGAACAACAUCAACAUGGGAGGACACGAUGUCACGGACAUCGUUAGAUCCGUGCUUGAUGCCAUGCAGCAACGGACUGCUGCAGAGCCCGCCCGCGAUGAUAAGCUUCACUUCGGCACGAACAGCCUGAAAGCUCUCGUCAAGCGGGCUGGUGAUCUGCGGGACACCCUAUCAGAAGUUGGUGUUCACCCCGGAGCACACACCAUCCCCAUCGAGCCCGCACAAUAA